AUGUCACUUCACACCAGCACACAUGCCAUAGCCGACGAGGAGAGGUACUCGGCUCACAACUAUGUGCCCCUCUCUGUUAUUUUUGCUCGUGCCCGGGGUGUCAACGUUUGGAAUCCCGAAGAUAAGCACUACUGCGACCCCCUGUCAGUUCUUGCUGAACAGGCUGGACGAUUGACCCUCAGUUCUCGUGGCUUCUACAACGAUGUCUUUCCGCAGUGGGCAAAACUAGUCAACAGAGUCUUUGGUCAUGACAUGGUUCUCUCAACGUGUACUGGAGCCGAAGCAGUCGAGACUGCAAUUAAGAUCACCCGCAAGCGGGCAUACAAGGUCAAGGGUGUUGCACAGGAUGAAGCAUAUAUCUUUGGUGCAUCUCAGAACUUUCACGGACGGACGAUGACCGCGAUUACUCUCUCGGUAGAUCCUCUGUCAAGAACAAAGUACGGCCCCCACGUGCCCAGAGUUGGUGCAUGCAACCCGACGACUGGCCAAGCGAUCCAGUACAACAACACCAAUGACCUUAGGGAUGCUUUUGAAGAAUACAGUCACCAGACCGCGGCGUUCAUCUGUGGGCCCAUACAAAGAGAAGCGGGAGUUGUCGUCCCCGACGAUGAAUAUCUGGUCCAGGUGUCAGCUCUCUGCAAGAAACACAACGUCCCUUUUAUCUGUGACGAAAUCCACACGGGUACAGGACGUACUGACAGAAUGCUAUGUCAUCAAUGGACAGGUAUCAAACCAGAUCUGGUGACCGUAGGCAAGGCUCUUUCAGGAGGCAUGUAUCCAGUCAACUGCAUCCUUGGUGAUACCGAGGUCAUGUCGGUGAUCAAGCCCGAAACCCAUGGAUCCACCUUCGGAGGCAACCCUCUAGGCUGCGCUGUAUCCAUCCGUGCCCUUGAGCUCAUCGAGGAGGAGGAACUCAUAACAAAAGCCGGCCAUUUGGGACAAAUUCUCAGGGAGGGUCUGCAGGCGAUGGACACAGACGCUUUCCGCAUCAUCCGUGGCAAGGGCCUGCUUAAUGCCGUGCUCAUCGAUGACAACAAGACCAACGGUUGGACUGCCUGGGACUUGUGUCUGGCUAUGAGAGACAGAGAUCUUCUGGCUAAACCUGCGAAGGGCGAUACGAUCCGUUUCGCGCCACCAUUAGUCAUUACCGAGACUGAACUUCGCAAGGAUCUUGCAAUUAUCAGAGAGAGCAUCAAAGCGCUAAGCUCAGGGUAA